AUGAGUACGGACGCAGAGAUGGCCAUUUAUGGCAAGGCUGCCAUUUACCUGCGUAAGCCAGAGAAGGAGAGAAUUGAGGCUCAAAACAGACCAUUUGAUGCCAAGGCCGCCUGCUAUGUGGUUGAUGCCAAAGAGCUGUACUUGAAGGGAACAAUCAUCAAGAAAGAUGGUGCCAAAGUCACCGUCAAAGUCUUGGACACUCAGGAGGAGAAUACAUUUAAAGAAGAUGAUGUCACUCCUAUGAACCCUCCCAAGUACGACAAAAUUGAGGACAUGGCCAUGAUGACCCAUCUCAAUGAAGCCUCUGUCCUGUAUAACCUCAAAGAGCGUUAUGCAGCAUGGAUGAUCUACACCUACUCUGGGUUGUUCUGUGCCACUGUUAACCCUUACAAAUGGCUCCCAGUGUACGAUYCUGAAGUUGUAARUGCCUAUAGAGGCAAGAAGCGUAUGGAGGCUCCACCCCACAUCUUCUCUGUCUCUGAYAACGCUUAUCAGAACAUGCUCACUGAUAGGGAGAACCAGUCUGUCUUGAUCACCGGAGAAUCUGGUGCUGGAAAGACUGUGAACACCAAGCGUGUCAUCCAGUACUUUGCAACAAUUGCAGUAGGAGGAGGAGAAAAGAAGAAGGAUACUGGCAAGAUUCAGGGGUCCCUGGAGGAUCAGAUUAUUGCAGCCAAUCCCCUGCUGGAGGCCUACGGUAAUGCCAAAACUGUGAGGAAUGACAACUCUUCUCGCUUUGGUAAAUUCAUCAGAAUCCAUUUCGGCACAACUGGCAAACUGGCUAGUGCUGAUAUUGAGACAUAUCUGCUGGAGAAAUCAAGAGUGACGUACCAGCUUCCUGAUGAGAGAGGCUACCACAUCUUCUACCAGAUGAUGACAAACCACAAGCCAGAGCUAGUUGAGGCGUCACUCAUCACAACCAACCCCUAUGACUUCCCCUUGAUCAGCAUGGGUCAGAUCACUGUGGCCAGCAUUGAUGACAAAGUUGAGCUGGAAGCCACUGAUAAUGCUAUUGAUAUCCUGGGCUUCAMUGCUGAGGAGAAGAURRGCAUCUACAAGACGACUGGUGCUGUGAUCCACCACGGUAACAUGAAGUUCAAGCAGAAGCAGCGUGAGGAGCAGGCUGAACCCGAUGGCACAGAAGAUGCUGACAAGGUUGCUUACUUGUUGGGUCUGAACUCCGCUGACAUGCUGAAGGCUCUGUGCUAUCCCAGAGUGAAGGUCGGAAAUGAGUACGUCACCAAGGGACAGACUGUGCCUCAGGUGAAUAACUCAGUGACUGCCCUGGCCAAGUCUAUCUAUGAGAAGAUGUUCUUGUGGAUGGUCAUCCGUAUCAACCAGAUGUUGGACACUAAGCAGCAGAGGAACUACUACAUUGGUGUCYUGGACAUCGCCGGCUUUGAAAUCUUUGAUUUCAACACCUUGGAGCAACUGUGCAUCAACUUCACCAAUGAAAAACUGCAACAGUWCUUCAACCACCACAUGUUCGUCCUGGAGCAAGAGGAGUACAAGAAGGAGGGUAUUAUCUGGGAGUUCAUUGACUUCGGUAUGGACUUGGCUGCCUGCAUUGAGCUGAUUGAAAAGCCCAUGGGCAUCUUCUCCAUCCUGGAAGAGGAGUGCAUGUUCCCCAAGGCUACAGACACAUCCUUCAAGAAUAAGCUCUAUGAUCAGCAUCUUGGCAAAAACARAGCAUUUGAGAAGCCAAAACCUGCAAAGGGCAAGGCUGAGGCCCACUUCUCCCUGGUGCACUAUGCUGGUACUGUGGACUACAAUAUUGGUGGCUGGCUGGACAAGAACAAGGACCCACUGAAUGAGUCUGUUCUGCAGCUGUACCAGAAGUCCUCAGUUAAACUGCUGGCUGGCCUGUAUCCCCCUGUUGUUGAAGAGGCUUCUGCUGGAAAGAAGGGAGGCAAGAAGAAGGGUGGCUCUAUGCAGACUGUGUCUUCACAGUUCAGGGAAAACUUGGGCAAGCUGAUGACUAACUUGAGGAGCACCCAUCCUCACUUUGUGCGCUGUCUGAUUCCCAAUGAGUCAAAGACUCCAGGUCUUAUGGAGAACUUCCUGGUCAUCCACCAGCUGAGGUGUAACGGUGUGCUGGAGGGUAUCAGAAUCUGCAGAAAAGGUUUCCCAAGCAGAAUCCAAUAUGGUGACUUCAAGCAGAGGUACAAGGUACUGAAUGCCAGUGUCAUUCCUGAGGGCCAGUUCAUUGACAACAAGAAGGCUKCAGAAAAGCUGCUUGGAUCAAUUGAUGUUGAUCAUGAUCAGUACAGAUUUGGACACACAAAGGUGUUCUUCAAGGCUGGUCUGCUGGGUACCCUUGAGGAGAUGAGAGAUGAAAAGCUUGCAACUCUGGUCACAAUGACUCAGGCUCUCUGUCGUGCUUACCUCAUGAGAAAGGAGUUUGUGAAGAUGACGGAGAGGAGGGAAGCCAUCUAUACCRUCCAGUACAAYGUGCGCUCAUUCAUGAAUGUCAAACACUGGCCAUGGAUGAAGGUUUACUACAAGAUCAAGCCUCUGCUGAAGAGUGCUGAAACUGAGAAGGAGCUGUCUCAGAUGAAGGAGAACUAUGAAAAGAUGACCACUGACUUGGCUACUGCCCUGGCCAAGAAGAAGGAACUGGAGGAGAAGAUGGUGUCUCUUCUGCAAGAGAAGAACGACCUGCAGCUCCAAGUGGCAUCCGAAUCAGAGAAUCUGUCAGAUGCUGAGGAAAGAUGUGAGGGACUUAUCAAGAGCAAGAUUCAGAUGGAGGCCAAACUCAAAGAAACAACUGAGAGACUGGAGGAUGAAGARGAAAUCAAUKCUGAGCUUACUGCUAAAAAGAGAAAGCUGGAAGAUGAAUGUUCUGAGCUCAAGAAGGAUAUUGACGAUCUGGAGCUUACAUUGGCCAAGGUGGAGAAGGAGAAACACGCCACUGAGAACAAGGUUAAGAACCUGACAGAGGAGAUGGCCUCUCAAGAUGAGAGCAUUGCUAAGUUGACCAAGGAGAAGAAAGCCCUUCAGGAGGCUCAUCAACAGACUCUUGAUGACCUGCAGGCUGAGGAAGACAAAGUCAACACUCUGAGCAAGGCCAAGACAAAGCUCGAGCAGCAAGUCGAUGAUCUCGAGGGUUCUCUGGAACAAGAGAAGAAACUGCGUAUGGACCUUGAGAGAGCUAAGAGGAAGCUUGAGGGAGAUCUGAAACUGGCCCAGGAAUCCAUCAUGGAUCUUGAGAAUGACAAGCAGCAGUCUGACGAGAAACAGAAAAAGAAAGACUUUGAAAUCAGCCAACUGCUUAGCAAGAUUGAGGAUGAGCAGUCAAUGGGAUCUCAGCUUCAGAAGAAGAUCAAGGAGCUUCAGGCCCGUAUUGAGGAACUGGAGGAGGAGAUUGAGGCUGAGCGUGCUGCUCGUGCAAAGGUUGAGAAGCAGAGGGCUGACCUCUCCAGGGAACUUGAGGAGAUCAGUGAGAGGCUGGAGGAGGCUGGUGGUGCCACCGCUGCUCAGAUUGAGAUGARCAAGAAGCGGGAAGCUGAGUUCCAGAAGCUCCGUCGUGACCUUGAGGAGUCCACUCUGCAGCAUGAAGCCACCGCUUCUGCUCUUCGCAAGAAGCAGGCUGACAGCGUCGCUGAGCUGGGAGAGCAGAUCGACAACCUCCAGCGUGUCAAGCAG